AUGACUUUACUCGCAAUAGCCUCAUUAGGGGUCCUCGCAGUCCUUUAUACGGUCUAUCGAAGGUUUACUCGAAUAUCCAUUCGCCAUAUUCGAGGUCCACGAUCAGAGUCGUUCUUCUUAGGAAAUUUAAAGGAGUUUUAUCAAAGCCAAGCAGGUAUAGCCGAAUUCAAAUGGGAGGAAGAGUUUGGAGACGUUGUUCGUAUCAAAGCUGCUUUUAGAGAAGAUAAAUUACUCGUCUCUGAUCCUAAAGCUCUGCAAUAUGUAUAUCAAACCUGUGGCUACAACUUCCCAAAAACCCCUGAGCGACGUGAACUAUCACGUCUCGUCGCUGGCAGAGGACUCACGUGGGCUGAUGGGGAUAUUCAUAAACGACAAAGGAAGGUGAUGCUUCCAGGAUUCGGUAUGCCCGAAACGAAAGCACUUGUACCCAUAUUUUCCAGAUGUGCUGAGCAGCUAACAACCCAAUGGAAAGAUAUUUUGGACGACGAGAAAUCGGGAGAGAAAGUAUUCAACGUAUCUGCGUGGAUGGCUCGUGCAACCUUGGACGCUCUUGGGCUAGGUGCUUUUGAUUACAACUUCGGUGCUAUGGAUAACGCAGAUAACGAGUUGAAGAGAGCUUACAGCAACCUUUUGGCUGAUUUAUUUGGUUCCCCUACUGCCCUCGGCAUUUUCGCUCAAAACACAUCACACUGGCUACCCAUGUGGCUAGUUCAGUCUAUCACGGAUUACUUACCGAGCGCAGCCCUUGACCGCAGCCGAAAGAACAGCGAUGUCGCGGCAAGUGUUGCAAAGGAGCUCAUUCAAUCCAAGUCCAGUGAGCUCUUACUCGGAAAAGGAGGUCGCGACGUGAUGAGUUUGUUGGUAAAAGCAAACGCAUCUGAAAACGAAAAUACAAAAUUGAGCGAGGCUGAAAUGGUGGCACAGAUGAGGACGCUCAUGCUUGCUGGACAUGACACCACUGCCAACACUAUGAGCUGGGCCCUAUUCGAACUAUCCAAGCAGCCCGAUAUCCAGGUAAAACUCCGUAAUGAGAUCAGAGAGAAAGAGUCGUACGUUCACUCGAGGGGUGAUGGUGACUUCAAAUUGGCCGACUUGGAUGGUAUGCCGUAUCUACUUGCAGUUAUCAAGGAGGUACUGCGUUUCCAUCCGGUCGUGGCGAAUACUUACAGACAAGCUGGUCGAGAUGAUGUACUCCCGCUCGCGAAGCCCAUCAUCACCGAAACAGGGGAAGCGAUAACAGAAAUACCGAUUUCAAAGGGCACGAGGAUCAUCACCUCGAUCGCGGGAUACAACAGGAACCGCGAUCUGUGGGGUGCUGAUGCUGAUCGCUUUAACCCGGAGAGGUGGUUCAACGAGAGGGACCAUUCGAAGAAGGCAGGAUCGGUCGGCGUUUACGGUAACCUCCUCACCUUUGCAGGAGGCAUACGUUCUUGUAUAGGCUGGAGAUUCGCGUUAAUCGAGAUUCAAACGUUCCUCAUCGAGAUGGUGGGCAACUUUGAGUUUGCACUGGCUGUUGAUCCUGGUAAAAUUCGUCGGGAGAAUUGUAUUAUUAUGGUUCCUACCAUUGAAGGGGAGAUGGAGAAGGGAGUGCAAAUGCCUCUGAAGGUAUCUGUUGCUCCGCGUGAUUGAUGGUAGCGGGUCGAUUUAAGGGCGGAAUUUAUUGUAUUCAACAUCACAGCUCUUACUACUCAUUUGACUCUAUUCUAUGUACUCAGUCCGUGUUAUAUUUUUUUAUUCCCGACCCUAUUCAUGAAAUUGUAACCGAAGCCAUUGACACAAUAUAUUACUUCAUGCUU